AUGGGGACAGUGGCCCCAGUCCUUUUGGUACUGCUCAGCCUAAGAGUGACUAUUUGUGAUGCUGAGGACACCUGCUCAGACUGUCUUCAUUUCUCAGAGGUGAGAAUAGUGGGACUGCGUGAUGCUGACCGACUUGCCAUUCUUCAAGGAUGUCCAGGGAUCCCAGGUGUCUCUGGCCCAAAAGGAGAAGCAGGUCUCCCAGGAACAAAAGGAGAAACGGGAGACCAGGGAUUCCCUGGGAAAGCAGGACCACCUGGUGCAAAAGGAGCAGCUGGAGAGCCUGGCUUCCCAGGACUGAAAGGAACAAAAGGAGAGCCUGGAUUUCCAGAAAUUUGGGAACCGGAGAACUGCCAAGAACUGUUGGCCAAAGGGAAGAUUUUCAGUGGCUGGUACACAAUCUACCCCCAAGACUGCAAUGCCACCACCGUCUUCUGUGACAUGGACACGGAUGGUGGGGGAUGGAUUGGUCUCUUUCAGGUUUUUCAGAGGCGCUGGGAUGGGUCAGUGAACUUCUUGCGAGAUUGGGAUUCAUACAAACGAGGCUUUGGCAACCAGCUGACGGAGUUCUGGAUGGGGAAUGACAACAUCCACUUCCUCACCUCUCUGGGACCCUGUGAACUCCGUGUUGACCUCAGAGACUUUGAGAACAACUACUAUUUUGCCAAGUAUGCUUCAUUCAGAGUUUUAGGAGAGUCAGAGAAAUACAGACUGAUUCUAGGAGACUUCCUUGGUGGAAACGCUGGGGACUCCUUAUCGUACCACAGGGACAUGCCAUUUUCAACAACAGAUCACGACAAUGACAUGAGUUCCUUUAACUGUGCCACAGAAUAUAAGGGAGCAUGGUGGUACAAUGACUGCCAUUACUCCAACCUGAACGGGAUGUACUGGAUGGGUGCACAUGGGAGCUAUGCUGAUGGCAUCAACUGGAAGACAGGCAAAGAAUACCACUACUCCUAUAAGCAAACAGAAAUGAAGUUCAGGCCAGUUUAA